UGUUAGAUCGCGACGGUUACGCAACUGAUCUCUUCCGGAGGUCGGUUACUAGAAUUUGGCUAAGCGAAUAAUCCCUAUUAUUCUAAUCGCGAAAGAACAACAUGUGUACAGAUGUUUUCCUCAACGAAAUCAUAUACAUAUAGUGCCCUUAAAGGCACGGAGGCGCACUGCUACUUCUUUUUUCACGCGGUCAGAACAGUUUCAGUCCAUCAGUUUGUCAGUAAUUCAAUCAGUCGGUGUCAGUCGAAAUAUAUUUUUUCACCAAGUACAAGUGACCAAGUUUCCUGGCGACACCGCUUCCACCUUCAUCAUCUCGCAGGUCCCAAGUCUCCGGCAUUCCAGAAUAACAUGAGAUCUACAUCAUCCUCUCUUUCCGACGCUCAGAGACGGAGGCGAGCCCUGAAGAGGCUCCGUUAUCGUCGCAAUAAGCGAGCUCGUCGAUCAGCCAACUAUCUCUCGCCUAGGACAUCCAAGGUUUUUACACGUGCUGAAGAAAUUACGAGUUGUUCCAACACAAGACCCUAUUCAUUGUGCAUGUCUCCUCCGUCCUAUUCUCCGAUUAGACCAUCCGAAUCUGGAUCACUUCCAGAUUUCAGAGCGCUCUUCCCAGAGCGCCAUGACACAAAUUUCCAAUAUCCAGAUUUCCUCACCAAGGAAUCCUUGGACGAGUUCUGCGGACUCCUUCCCCUCCUCCCCUAGACCUCAGAAAUCCGACCUCCUCUCCGAAACAACCACACACGGAUAUCAAAAUAUAGAUUUAAAUA